GUCGCAGUCCCCGCUCCCGCCCCUGUCCGGUUUCUGAACUACGCGUUGCUGGGUGUGAAGGCAAAGAAGCAAGGUUGGCAAGUUGGAGAGGAACAAGCAAGGAGACACAACAUAGAUGAAGAUAGAGGUUGCUGAUAAUGCGCGGGGCAGGCUGCCACCGCUUCCCAAGACGGUGGCCGAGUGGGCCGAGAGCUUGGAGACGGUCGACGUGGGCGACGAAGCAGCCUUGGUUGACUGCCUCCUCGGCUUUCCCGAGUACACCGGGCCGGUGUACUUUCUCUCGCUGGCGCCCAUUCUCAACAUUUUUGACGAGGUGCUGGAGCGGAGCGUGGGGGCGACCCAGGUGUGGCCCGAGGGCGACGAUGCCGCUGUGCUCCGGGUGGCGAGUGAGAGCUUCCCGGAGCAGGCUGUGGUUGAAGUUCUCCGUGUGACGUGCAUACUGCUGGAGAAUGGCGGCGCUUCGACCAAGUACUACGGCUCGUGGCCGUAUGUGGUGGCGCUGGUGCACAUGUGCUCGCGCAGCAUCCGGCUGGCUGCGUUUGAGGUGUUGGUGUACUUUCCGCUUGACACUGACAAGCCGGAGCUGCUCCCGGUCCGCGAUGCGGUUCUCGACGUGGGCGGCCACUUCGCGGCAGGCCUCGGCUCUCACGAAGAGGGGCUCGACUGCUUUUCGUCGGUGGCAGCGGCGCGGGCUGAGGCCACCGACGCAGCGGCGACGGCUGCGGCCGGCCUUGACUGGGCGUGGCCACAAAAGCCAACCAACAAGAGCAAUACUGUUGGGCCGCUGGUCGAGUUUACUGGUCCGGCGGUUGUGGCACCGACGACUGCAGCGGUGGAGGAGACGGUGAUGCGGCUUUGGUCUGAGCAUGCCGAGUCGAGCAAGCUUGCCGGAUCGGCCAUCAUGGGCCUUGUAGCGGCUGUAGAGCGAUCGCACGCGCUCAACUCAGGCCGUGACGCCCGUGUCCGAGCCGUUAAUGAGCGGUUGGUGGUCUCGGCUAUGCUCCUCAUGCACUGGGGUACGCUCCCGCCGCGUUUGGCCAACACGCUUCACAUGAUCGAGCCGAAGUUUAUGACAAGCGCGAUGCAGGUGGCGCUCGCCAACGAGGCCGCCGGCGUGCCGGACGCUACGCGGAUUCUGGUGUUCAAGGCUUUGGUCCCGAUCCUCAGCACAGCGUCGCACCACCGGAAGCAAGUCCUGGAAGCGCUGGAUGUGACCCAUCACGCUGGGGCGCUGCCGACGCGGCUGCGGGUGGUUCUGUCGCAGCUCAAGGCCGGUAAGGCGUCUGUGGCCGAGGCGCUGGCGCUGCUCGAGGUGGUGCGUGUGGUGGUCCUCCUUAUGCCAUCGCGGAUAGCGCAGUCGGGCGUGUUCAACGCGCUUGUACCUCUGCUGGAGCGGCUGACGCCAGCGUAUCUUUUGGUUGCCGCAGCCGCGCUGCGCAUCAUGAAUCUUCUGCUGGGCGAGCCGGUAGCGAUCGCAGCGCUGUUUGAAGGCGACGGAUGGACCAAGGUGCUGCAGCGGCUGACGACCGAGGUUGCACUGCUGCAAGCGUCCGGCGAGGUCGACGGCACGAACAGCACGAACGAGGCAACGAGCAGUGGGCCGAGCCUCCAGCUUCCGGGCGGGGCGGGCGGGUCGCUCCGGAUCCCGCUACCACGGUCGACGUCGACGAUGUCGAUCCCAGACCCAGAGGCGUCCGACGCGGUGGAGGACGCGCAGCGGGCAGAUGUUGUUGUGGCGGCGAUGGAGCUGCUGACGGACUCUGUGAGGCGGCCAGAGAUGGCGAUGCACCUCGGAACGAUUGCACAGUCGCCGCUGGCGACGGCGCUGAAGGACAUGUUCUCGCGCGGCGCAGCUACAGACUCGCCGUACACGCCCGAGGUGGUAGCGGCGGCGUCGUCGUUGGUCUACCAUUUGAUCAACGCGGACGCGGCAGCGGCGGAGCCUCUCUUCGCAGCUGGGCUUCCUGAGGCAUACCUGACAGGGCUCGAGUCGCGAGUGCUGCAAUCGUCGCACGAAGCGAUGCAGAUGGCGUGCAUGGUGCUGCACGCGAUCUGUGUCCGCAACGAGGGCUUUGAGCUUGUCCGCAGCCGCGGCUCGGUUGUUCACAUGGUCAACAGCCUGUGGGUACCGGAGACCGGUUUCACCAUCACCAACAUCGGCCCAUCGCUCUCGCAACUGCUCCAGAGCCGGCGCGAGCUGCUCGACCCAGCCAUGGACGCGCUGGUUGAGCUCUUGCAUACUGUCAUCGAGGGCAUGCGGAGCGAGACGAGUGAGCUCGCCGAUGUGCACACCGCAUUCCGGGCGAUUGUGCAUGCCAUCGACAACGAGGCCAUGAUUGAGGCGCUUGUGGUGCGCGGCGGGCACCAGCUCCUCAUUGCUGAGUUUGGCGCUCUGCCCGAGGGCUCGCAGGUGGCUGUCAUGUCUGUGGUACGGCAGGUGGCGGUCGGGCAUGCGACGGCGACGCUCAACGACAUUCUGGCGCAGGUCUCGAUGCAUGCCACCAAGCCGCUGGCAGCACGGACGCUCGAGGUGCUGCGGGCGGUCCGAGCGUACAGCAAGCUUCUCAAGCAGCUUGCCAACGACUUUAUUGGCAACAACUUGCCGUCUUCGGCGCUGCAGGCGUGGACGUCUGCACCGUCGCGGGCCCACUGUGAGCAGCUCUUUAGCAUGUACGCUCAGGUGGCUCAAGUGCUCGCCGACGACGGCUACGUAGUGGUGGUGCCCGCCGAGGGUCUUGGGGCUACACUGGUGGUCAAGCCCGAGUCGGAUGAGGCUGCCUCCGGAUCGGAUGUGACGCUGGCUCAAGUGGAGCUUGUCCGUGUUGUCAACCAGCUGUUUGGCGCGGUCAUGGCUAUUGUGCAGCAGACGCGUCGGUCGCGGCGAUACGGGUACUCGCCGCACAGCUCGGACCGCGACGGCGCGAGCAGCGCGCUGGAUCUGGCCGACUUGCUGGUCAACGCGUACCACGCUUGCGUGUCGGCGCCGUCGUGGACAGUGUCGCCUCACACGCUGCUCGACGCGCCGGCGCUGCGCUUUGCCGCGGGCAUUCUGGACACGUUCCACGUGUUUCUGUUUGGCCCGUCCGGUGGCUCGGCCGCCGACGCCUUUCUGCUCAACGCCAUGGCGGCCAUGGGUCCGUUCCUUGACAACGUCCUCAGCAUGGGCGGGUGCAUUGUGGCUAGUCUCGUUGACUGGGUCUCGGCGCACCCGGAUGCGGACGCCGAGCUGAGCGAGACCGAGAGUGAGCAGCGGGCAGCGCUGCUCAAGGCGAGCAGCAACUUGCUUGACCUCGUCACUGGCCUCACUGACUCGGCUAGCCUCGCCGAGUCGCAGCAGUUUACCCGGCUUGUCAAGGCCGCGAGCAACUCGGAUUUACGGAGCCGGAUCUUCAACCCGGUCUCGUGGGUGGAGCAGACCCAAGCGUCGGUGUCAAAGAUGCUGGAGCCGCUGUGGCUGCCGUCGCCAAGCGGCGCCCGCCUCUUGACUGUCCUCCAUGAGGAGGCGCAGCUGAGCGUGGUGGCAACGCUGAUGAACUGCGUGACCAAAGCCGACCCGCUGGCUGCCGUCGUCGCGUCGGCUGCGUUGGGCACCGAGUCGGGCUCGUCCAGCGGGCGGGGAAGCGGAAGCGGCUUGGCAUCUUCGAUUUCGGAUCUGAUGCGGGUCAUGCGGACCAACCCGAACGAGCCGGCGCUGUCGUACAUGGAAGGUUUGCUGGACUCUGCGCGUGAGGCGGAGGUCGCGCUCGAGGGCGCGCUCGAGGACGAGGAAGGCAUUGGCUCGCUCUUUGAUGCAUUUCGGCGGCGGGCUGGCUCGCAAACCGGCGGGCCGGCGAGCGGUGGAGCCAACGGCCCGCCGCAACAAAGCGAGGUCGAGGUGAGCGCGACGUCGCUGGCGGCAGUCAUGUCGAUGGGUGUUGAGCGCGUGAACGCUACCACUGCGCUGCGGGCCGUCGGUGGCUCCGAUGUCAGUGCCGCUCUCGACUGGCUCUUUGCUCAUCCGCCACAGCAGGCCGAAGGCGGCGCGUCGACUUCUGCCGGCGGCAGUGCGGAGGACGAACUUGCGCGCGCAAUUGCGCUCUCGCUCCAAGAGGCUAUGGGUGACGAGGCUAGCGGCGGUGAGGCGAUGAGCAACGCCGCUGACGACACAGCGGUCGAGCCGCAGCCUGAGCUCGAGCCGCAGCCCGAGCCUGAGCCGCAGCCCGAGCCUGAGCCGCAGCCCGAGCCCGCAAUUGUCUGCCCGCUACUUGACUUUGCGCUGUGGCUUGCCGGACGGCCUGAAGCGUCGCAUGCCAUGGUGGGAGCGGCGCGGUCGCUGUUCAACACGCUUCUGACGUCGGAGCGAGAAGAGUUUGCGCCCGUGACGCCCGACGCUGUUCAGCGGCAGCUGCUGAGCGACUUGCAUGCGCCGGGCGCGGCAGCGCUCCUCGUGCAGCUUGUGAGCGAAGAGUCGGUGGCGCUGGAGGACAAGGAGCUUGCGGCAGUGGCGAGUGCGCUGCAGUCGUGCAACCAGGUGUCGACGCUUGGGCCGCUGCUUGCGCUUGUUGAGCACGGACUCAAGGUUGUGGGUUGCCGGGUCGAGGACGGCUGUGUUGUGUUUUCCAAGACGUCCUCGCUCCCGGUGGCUCCUGCCGAGGUGGUGCACGGGGUGCUUGCCGCGCUCUCGGCUGUGGACAAGGCAUUGAGUGCAGACGUGCUCGAGGCUGCAGUGCGUGUCCUUGUCGUGGCAAGUGUCGAGAGCGAGGCAGCGGUGGCAUUCCACGAGGCCGACGGCCUGUCUACUGUUGUGGCUCUUGGGGCCAAGUACCCGUUCGACAAUCUGCCUCUCCUUGCGUCGAUGCUGAUGCACCACGUGCUCGAGAGUGAGCCAGGCGUGCUGCAGGCCGAACUAGAGACUGAGCUGGAGCGAUUCCUGGACGAAGCGGGUACGCGUGCGCAGCUUCCAAACAUCCACGACUUUGUCAAGACGACCGAGGCGUUGAUGGUCCGCGGCGGUGACACCUUCCUUGCUGCGCUCCGGGCUGUCGCAACCAACUCGACGGUUCAGCCGGGCUUGGUGGUGUCCAAGACGGACGAGCGGCGUGACGUGCUCAAGGCGCUGGAGCGUGCACUCGGCACUUCAAACAGCCCUCCCGCGAGUGGAUCGGGUGACGAGCCGGGUGCCAAGGCGGCACUGGCGCGAGGCGAUCUUCCGGAGCGUGGCCUGGGCGUUCUCAAGUGGGCAGUGAGCAAGCUCGAGUCUCUGGCCGUGUCCAGCAGCAAGGGCAAGGAAGAGGCGGAGGCGGGCGAGGCCGAGUUGGAACGCAAACUUGUUCUUGUCCUGUUGGCCGAAGUUGCACUCAGCUGGCCGGCCGCCGUGUCAUUGGUGCUCUCACCAGCGUGCGUGGCAACGGUUCUUCACGAAGUGGUAGAGAGCAAGGAUGAGGCGACGCGGCAGGCUGCCGGCGCGGUGCUGGCAGGCGUGGGCUCGAGCAAGGGUCCGGCUCGCAGUACGGUGGCUGGAGCUGUGGUUGGCGCGCUGGAAUCGCCCGGCUCGGAGGAGCAGGCAAUGCGGCUGGCACGCUGGCUUCGGACGGCACUGGUGACAAAGAAUGGCACGGUCCGUGUGGGUGUGGCCGCGAUGCUGAUCGAGGCCGGAGCGGUAACGGCGCUCUGCCGGCUCCUUGAGGAGAUGGACCUCGAGUCGGCCAACGCCCGGGCGAUGGCUAACGCGGUGAUGCAUCCGCUGGCGGCGCGGACCGGAGCGAUGAAUGCAUCGACUCUGGAGUCGCUGCACCCACCGUCGGAGGUGCAGAGCCAGGUCCCGCUGCCGGCGUCGGACGAGCACAUGGUCGUCGGCGUGUGGGCCGAGGACGACAGCGAGACCGAGUCGACGAGCUCGUACGACGAACACGACGACGAAGAGCAUGACGACGGUGAGAUGGGGAGGGAGGAGCGCGCCGGCCAAUGGCCCAUUCAGGCCAACGAGUUGUACUCGGACUCUGAUGAGACCGGAUCUGAUCUGAGCGACGGCGAGGCUGUGGCGGCGCUCUUCCCGGAUACGGCCAGCAUUGUGCAAUCGCUUCUUGAGGAAGACGGUGUGCACGCGAUGGAACAGCUUGACGCGCUUUCGUCAGCGACGUACUCGGACGACGAGGCGGAUCACUUUGACGACAUCGACGACGACGACGACGGUGUGUACCUGGACGACCUCCCGAUGUCGGACGACUUUGAGCUUGAUGAGGUGCUGGGUGGGGCAAGCCGGGUCAUCGAGCCCGAGUGGGAGGCUGAGGACGGGUUUGAACUGCGGACGGGCGAAGCCGGCGGCGAGGACAACCUUACGCCUGCGGCGCGUGCCGGGCUUGACAUCCAGCUUCUGGAGCAUCUCGGCCUGCCUGUGAGCAACGUCGAAGAUACAGUCAUUUCGAUCAAUGGGCGCCUGACGCGGCUCUCGCAGCUGAGCUACGAGCAAGCCGCCAACGUGGUGGUUUCACUGCGGCAGGCUGACCCGCGCGCGGCCGAAAUGCUCUCUGCACGCGCCGGCACAGCCGCUCAUACGGUGUCGUACACGCUCGCGCAUCCACUUCUUCCAGACCUGUUUGACUCGAACACGAUAGUGCCGCACACGGUGGUGGUGCCGGUCGAGCGGCGCCUUGACUACGAGAUGGUGCUCACUGCGCGUGGCGACGUUGUCUCGUCGGACGUUGUCGAGCUGGUGCGGGCCAUUCUCGGCGAGGAGCAGAUUGCCAUGCAAGCCGAGUUUGAGAAUGUUCGUCGCGAGCGGACAGAAGCGAUUGAGGCCGAGGCUCAAGCCAAGGCUGAGGCCGAGGCUCAGGCCCAGGCCCAGGCCCAAGCCCCUGUGGAGACAGAGGGCGGAGCGGAACCGGCCGUGGAUGCUGUCGAAGCCGACGAGGAGGAGCGGCAGCGGCAGCGUCUCGAGGUGGAGCUCGCGAUGGCGGGUGCUCAAGUUGAGGCCGAGGCGCAGGUGACUGCGUUGGAGGGUGAACCCGCGGCCGAGGCUGGAGCCGAGGCCGAGGCAGGGGUCGAGGCCGAGGCAGGGGUCGAGGCCGAGGCAGGGGUCGAGGCCGAUGCAGGAGUCGAGGCCGAGGCAGGAGUCGAGGCCGAGGCAGGAGUCGAGGCCGAGGCAGGGGUCGAGGCCGAGGCAGGGGUCGAGGCCGAGGCCCAGGUCGAAGACCGGGAGGAGACCCUGUCUGAGCUCGGCAUUGAGCCGAUUGACGAGGCUUUCCUGGCCGCACUGCCGUCUGAGAUGCGUGCCGAGGUGGUGGCCGAGCACGAGGCACUAGUGGCACAACGGCGGCGCGAGCGGCGGCGCGAGCGCGAGGCCGCGGCCGGCGGAAGCACCGGUGGUGACACCAGCGGUGGAGUCGGUUCGGUGAACCCAGAGUUCCUGGCGGCGCUGCCGCCCGAGCUACAGGCGGAAGUGCUGGAGCAGGAGCGACUGCAGCAGGAGCGACUGCUGCGCGGCGCCGGCGGCGGAGGAGGCAGCGCGUCCAACACGCAGUCUGCGGCCGAGGAGAAUCUUGCGUUUGUGAUGUCACUGACGCCGGACCUCCGACGCGAGGUGCUGCUGACGUCGGACGACGCGUUCCUCAACACGCUACCGCCAGACAUUCGGGCCGAGGCGUUUGCGCUGCGCGAGCGGAGCGCGCGGCGGUUUGGGCUUGGCAACGGCGGUGGCGGGCGUGGCGGCGGAGGCGUGCCGCAUGCUGGCCGCGGUGGGGCAGGAGGGGCAGGAGGCGGGUCUGGAUGGGCAAACAUGGCCCGUGGUCUGCCGAGCGCGCCGCGGGCGACUGGGCUUGCGGCCGAGCCUGACCGUGUCACGCUGCAUACCGAGGACGCCGAUGUCGACGGCGAGCCGUUUGUGACUCGUGGUGCGCUGUACGCGCUGGUUCGGCUGCUCUAUCUGUCCAAGCCGGUGGAAAAGGCGGUGAUGGAGCGGGUGCUGGCGAGCGUGUGUGCACAGGCCAAGCCGCGGCGGCGCAUGCUUGCGCUGCUGGUGGGUGUGCUCAAGGGCUGGCGCGGAGUGCCGCGGGUUGCAGGCAAGGGCAAGGAGGAGGUCGAUCCGGCGGACGAGAUGGCGCGCGCGGUGGCUAGUCUUGUUGCCGCGCCGCUGUUUGGCGUGAAGCGGCUGACGCUGUUUGGGCGUGCUCACGGCGGCGAGCGCGAGAGCCGGGUGCCGAGCCUUGUGCUUCGGCGGGUUGUAGAGAUCCUCACCUUCCUCUGCUCGGUCAACAAGCCUGUGGUGGCGAUGCUGAGCGGGAGCUCGCUGGCGGCGCUGGUGGGGCUGGUGGGCCAGGGGCCGUUUGCCGAGGCCCAUACGCUCUCGCUCCUCCUCCGGCUGCUCAACGUGGUGCUGAAGGGCGCUGCCGACGUAGGUGAGGUGGAGCAGGCUGUGCUCGCUGCUGUUGUCUCGGUCCUGCGUGGCUCGUACCCCGAGGCGACGAUGAAGCAAGUGCAGGAGGUUGUUGCGGCGCUGGCGCGCACGCCGGCCAACCGGGCGGAGCUCAAGGCCAUGCUCAUGGCGGCGCUGGAAGGCGUGGUCGCCUCAGUCGUGGCCUCGUUCAACAAGCUGGUGGCGGCGGCAGCGGGCUCGGGCUCGAGCCCUGCUGCCCACGCCAGCCUUGAUCUUGUCUCGCUCUGCGCGGUGCAGGACCAGGGCGUUCUCGCGCGGCUUGUGGAGACUUUGAAGAUGGUGGCGGCAAGCGGAGAGGCCGAAGCCGAGGCUGAGGUUGCAUCCAUGGCCGAGCCAGCGGUCGAGCCAGAGCCUGCGACUUCGGUCGAGGGUGAGGGCGAAGGCGAGGGGGAGGGGGAAGACGACCAAGCAGCAGCGGCAGCGGCAGCGGCAGCGGCGGUGGCCAAGGCGACAGCAGCAGCAGCGGCAGCGACCAAGGCGGCGGCCGAGGCCGAAGCCGAGGCGACGAUGGAGCAGCUCGGCAUGGUGCUCGAGCCGCUGACCACCGGCCUCGACCUCGUGCUUGCGGCGCUUGGCGAGCAAGCUGGAAUUGCGGCGGCGGCGGCGGCUGGCGAGGGCGAGGCCGGCACGUCGGGCGGUGGCGAGGGCGGGUCGAGCAUGAUGUUCGAAGAGGCCGAGCUCGAGGCAGCGCAGGUGUCUGCGGCUGUGCGCGACGUGAUGCUCCAACUUGUGCCGUCGAUUGCCAUGUUUGCGAUGGUGUCGCGACCUAAGCCGCCGCCGUCGACGCUCACGACGUCGCCGUCGACUGGCAAGCUCAAGGAGGAGGCCGAGGAGGGUAGCAGUGAGGGCACAGUGCUGGACUUUGUGACGUUUGCGUCGCGGCACCGGCGGCUGCUGAACGCACUUGUGCGCGACAACGUUGAGCUGCUGCACUCGAGCUUUGCGGUCCUGCUCGAGCGGAAGGACGUGGCCAAGGCUGUGCUCGACUUUGACAACAAGCGGGUGCUGUUCCGUCAGGCUGUGCGCGAGGCGGCCGAGGCUGCGCGCGGCGGGCGGAUCUCGAUCCGUGUCCGGCGCGACCAUGUGUUUGAGGACUCGUACCAGCAGCUCUGGUCGCUGCCUGCCAAUCAGCUGCGCGGACGGAUGCGCGUGGCCUUUGAGGGCGAGCCUGGUGUUGACGCAGGCGGCGUGACCCGCGAGUGGUACCAGGUGCUUGCGACGGAGAUGUUCAACCCGGCGUACGGGCUGUUCGAGUCGUCACAGGAGGGCUCGACGUACCAGCCGAACGAAAAGUCGGGCGUCAACCCGGCGCACCUCAACUACUUUACGUUUGUGGGCGUGGUGCUCGGCAAGGCGCUGUGCGACGGCCAGGCACUGCCUGUCUACUUUACACGUGCGCUGUACAAACACAUGCUUGGCGAGCGCGUGACGCUCGAGGACCUCAAGGCGUACGACCCGACACUGUACGCCUCGCUUGUGUGUGUGCUCAACACGGCUGUGGAGGAGCUCGGGCUGGAGUACCAGAACUUUACGACGGCAGUCGAUGAGUUUGGUGCACACAAGAUCGUGCCGCUCGUCGACGGCGGCGAGGACAUCCUGCUGACGGACGAGAACAAGGCCGAGUACGUGCGGCUCCUCGUGGAGUUCAAGCUCACCACCGGCAUCGCCGACCAGCUCAAGGCCUUCCUCGGUGGCGUGCACAAGCUCGUGGAUCCCGAGCUGCUCGCCGUGUUUACGCCCAAGGAGCUCGAGUUGCUCAUUGCCGGUCUUCCUACCAUCGACAUCAACGACCUGCGGGCCAACACCGAGUACGGCACCGGGUACAAGCCGUCGUCGCCGCAGAUCGUGUGGUUCUGGGAAGUUGUCUCGGCCUUUGACCAGGAGCAGCUGGCCAAGCUCGUCCAGUUUGUCACCGGCUCGUCGCGGGUCCCGGUCGCCGGCUUCUCGGCGCUGCAGGGUAUGCGUGGCAUCCAGCGGUUCCAGAUUCAGGCAACCAAGCGCAAGGACGCGCUCCCGACGUCGCACUCGUGCUACAACAUGCUCGAUCUCCCCAAGUACGGCUCCAAGGAAGAGCUCGAGCGCAAGCUGCUACUCGCCAUCGGCGAGGGCUACGUCGGCUUUGGCUUUGCUUAGCCUGCUGAUAAAUGCCUCUGGCAUUGAGACAAGGUUGGGAGUUUACUCCGUGCGAUUAGCCCGACUUGAACAGGAGGACCGCGAUCUGGCCGAGGUAGAAGUAGAUGAACGCGCGGGUCUCGUGGGUCACGUACGAGCCAAAGUUCCGGCCCACGAUGCAGUGCCAAGUCGGGUGGUGCUUGCGGUCGCUGUGAAUGGAGAGA